ACGAAUAUGAUACGUAGAGACAGGUCUCGCCAAGUCAGUUUGAAGAUGGACCAGUUGGCAACGUUAAUAAUAAAUCGAUGAAGUUCAGUACAUAUGUAGAUGCUUGCUCUGGUUUGCACCCGACCAACAUCAUAAUCAUAUGACCUUCCACUAAGCAUCUCAUCUCGGUACCUAGUACUUAUGACUGAACCUAGAUCCAACCAAAUUGACGCGACAGCGAGCUCGACCACUAAACAAACUGGAGAUGAGGAGGCAGAUGAAUGGGUUGAAGAGGACGAAAAUUAUGAUGACGAUGAGUACGAUGACGGAGAGGAAGAAGCGGAGGAAAUUGCGCGUCGGUUGAAGGAACAGCUAUGGGCGGACAUUAGCAAAGCGCAGGCAGACCGCGUAAAUGUCACUACGACGGCAUCAACAUCAACUCCUGGUGCACCCCUACAUGAUGGUGUUCCGUCUGCGGUUGCUUCUCCAGUCCCGAUCACACAACCUUUUCUGCAACCAUCUAUGUCGUCCAAGAAGGAAGAGGCCGCCUUGAAGACAAUGGGGAAUGUGCUGAACAUUGCAGGAAAGGAUCCUCUGGUUCACUCAACUCUAGCAUCUGCGGUCGUUCCUGGUGCAGGCAACAGCGUUCUGGAGAUACUCAAUCACACAGUCGCCGCUGGAACAAUUUCCAAAGACCUUGCAAAAUCACUCAGCAUGACCCUUGUAUCUUUGGCCCGCUCCGACGCUCUUUUUGCCGCACUGCGUCACUCUAAUGCGCCUGCACUACAGCUGGAUAAAGGCAAGAGGAAACGCGACGAGACUGAAGAAGAACAGCGGAGGAACGAGCCACGAGCUUUCAAACGGCCAAAUUUCGCACAUGGCCAUUUACAGAGCCAGAUAACAGACGCAGUUCGCGUGGUUUCAGAAACUCUAGCCUCCCAUCCACCUUCCAACGGCCCGCCAGAUCCGUCGAUCAUAUCCUCAAUUCAGCUACAGUUGCAUCAGAUAUUUCUUUUUGCGGUCACCUCUUCUGCGAGAGGAGGGCCUGAGACAAACGCCUUACAGGAGAUCAGUGGACUCAUUCAGGUGGUUGGAGUCCUGAGUGGUAGUCCCAUUGGCCCCACCGCUGUCCCACCGAACGCCCAUAUGCAACCCCCUGAUGUGUCGAUGUAUCCUCCCCGCCCAUGGAUACCGCCGGGAACUGGUCCCCAGCCUGUCCCUUUCAGCGACAUUGGUACCGCAGUAUACCCCUGCCUGGUGCCAGGUUGUCGCAAGAUUUUCGCGCGAUUGUUUAACCUACGAGCGCACCAACAAGUACACGCAGUGCACAGGCCAUAUCGCUGUGCUGCAUGUCCUGCCUCGUUUGCCCGAAAUCAUGACCUGAAACGACAUGCCAAACUACACGACAAGACGGGGUACCAGUGUGCUGGCUGCUACAAGUUAUUCUCGCGGCGUGACGCAAUAAAGAGGCACAAAAAUAGCAGCGCAACUCGUGGUGGCAAAGGGGAGGCAUGUGUUAACGCGGCAAUCAAAGAAGUCGAACUGGACAAGGAGAGUGGGGACGAUGCACUGCGGGAAGGUCGACGGACACGGAUGUGGGCUGAUAUUGUGACUCAUUCCGUGGCAUCUACAGCAAGUUAUGGAACGUUUGGUGAUGAUUGGGGUCCGGAGGAAGGGGAAAUGGAUGUCGGCGUCAUCGGCCAUGCACAAGAAGCUGUGCUCAGUCUUCACAAGACGCUGCAAUCACACGUGUCCAGCGCGCUGGGAACAGCUGUGGAUCAUGAUAUUCCACCAAUGCAGGUUGAUCCGGCUGGAAGUCAAGCAACUUUGGCUAGCGUCAUCGCUCGGGCCCAGCUACAAAAUAUGCCGGCCUCUCAAAAUCAACAAGAUAAUUCAGCGGUGAGCGCUGCCAAUCAUAGCAUGGCCGAAUCGCAGCUUUUCCCCGUGGACGACGGAUGUGGCGCCCCGAAUGAUGAUUAUCUUGUUCCAAUCGCGGACAGUGCAACUGUUUCUGCACCGCCGCUAUCACUGUAUGGUCUUUCGGAGGAACAAGCGCGACUGUUGGAGCAGGCAAUCGCUAAUGCUGCGUCUGCAGCUCAAGCACAGGCGGAAGCAGAGGCUGCGUUGGAGGAACAGGAAGAGGACUAUGAGGAGGACUGCGACGAGGACGAUGGUGAGGAGACAAUAUCAACUGUUGGAACCGAGAUCCCUUCAACGUUAGGACAAUAAUAUUGUUUAUGUAUUGUCAGUGCGUCAAGUACUAUCAAUCUUUGACAAUGAGUACUAUAGCUUUCUGUCACCCAGGCAUGUCCGGCAGCCUUCAGCCUGUCUG